UACAAACAAUCAAAUCUCUCUCUCUCUCCCUCACCCUCUCUCCCUCACCCUCUCCCCCUCUCUCCCCCUCCCUGACCAUUCUCUCUCUCUCUCUCCCCCUAUCUCUCUCUCUCACACACACAUUUUCUAGUAGAAGAGAUCAAUGGCUUCAACAUUAGCAGUGGUACCAAGAAUAAAGCUGGGCUCACAGGGCCUUGAGGUUUCAGCUCAAGGUUUAGGUUGCAUGGGCAUGACAAACGCUUACGGCUCAGCCAAACCAGAGUCUGAAAUGAUCCAACUUAUUAACCAUGCAGUCACCACCGGUGUCACAUUCCUAGAUACCUCCGACUUAUACGGCCCUCACACUAAUGAAAUUCUGAUCGGAAAGGCGCUCAAAGAGUUCGGAUUGAGAGGCAAAGUGGAAUUAGCUACCAAAUUUGGAGCAACCGUGAAGGAUGGCAAUAUUGACAUUCGUGGAGAUCCAGGCUAUGUUCGUGCAGCUUGUGAAGCCAGUUUGGCCCGACUUGGAGUGGAAUGCAUUGAUCUUUAUUACAUCCAUCGCAUUGACAUUCGUGUUCCUAUAGAAGUCACCAUGGGAGAACUCAAAAAACUGGUUGAAGAAGGCAAAAUAAAGUACAUAGGUUUGUCCGAGGCUUCUGCUAAUACAGUUAGAAGGGCUCAUGCUGUUCAUCCCAUAACAGCUUUGCAGAUGGAAUGGUCGUUGUGGUGUAGGGAUUUGGAAGACGAUAUAGUUCCAUGCUGCAGAGAGCUUGGUAUUGGCAUCGUCCCAUACAGUCCCAUCGCAAGGGGAUUUUUUGCUUCAGGCCCUGAGCUGAUUCAGAAUUUGGCUGAAGAUGACUGGCGUAAGACUGUGCCAAGGUUCCAACCUGAAAAUCUUGAGCAUAAUAAGCGAGUAUAUGAGCAGUUGAGCAGAAUGGCGUCAAGGAAAGGGUGUACUCCCUCACAGUUGGCACUCGCCUGGGUCCAAAAUCAAGGGAAUGAUGUUUCACCAAUACCUGGUACAACCAAGAUAGAGAAUUUUAACCAAAAUGUAGCAGCUUUAUCCGUGAAACUAACAAAAGAGGAAAUGGCUGAACUGGAAUCGUUCGCUCCUGCUGAUGUUGUUAAGGGAGACAGGAAUGCUAACAUGAAGUAUACCUGGUUAAAUUCUGAGACACCUCCUUUGUCCUCGUGGAAAUCUGAAUAAAAUGUGCAGUGUUCCAUUCUGAUCACUUCUGAUUCUUGAAGAACUUUCUGCAUGGUUUUUUCAGGGAUUAUCUUUUAUGUUAAAAUUUUGUGCUUGUUGGCUUUAGUUAAAAUUUGAUUAUUGGCUCAGUUAUUAUAAUUCCUAUUUGUUAGGAAUCAGUAGUUGAGUACUGUUGUUACAUUGAAAGUUUCAGCAAUUUCUUUAAAAAGCUGUGUGUGUGUGCCUACUGCCUAGUGGUGCUUCGGUUGAAUAUAAGUUUCAGUCUUCCCUACAA